AUGAGCGGUCCUCCUCACCUCCCUGCAUCCGCCACGUCCGGUCCCUUGCCCAUCGCCUCUGCUGGUGGCCCACCUCCUCCCGGUGGUCCGGGUGGUGCUGGCUCUGCCGCCAUGUUUGGUCCCAACGGCAACGGUGCUCUCGGCGGUCCUGGCUCCGAGUAUGGACGUGGCCCCAACGGUUUCGACCGCGAACGAGAUCCUCCACGAGGCCCUACCCCAGGCGGCAAAGACUCGAAACGCAUGCGCGUCGAAGGACCCGGUUCGCACUACAGCGGUCCCCCUAGCCCCGGAGCCGAGCGAGAACGUGACUGGAUCAAGAAGGAGGAACGCGAUCGAGGAGCUCCACCGCGCGGCGAUGACAAGUGGGAUCGCGAUCAGCGCAUGGGUGGCGGAGCACCUCUCGGCCCAGGUCCUGCUCAGUCUCCUCGCGGCGCACCGCCUCUUCCUCCUUCCAACUCGUACAACCGCGACAUGCACCGCGACGCAAGGGAGCGCGACUCGCGAGGCCCCGAAGUGCCUUCCUCCGCCGACUCUCCCGGCGCCGCCGCUGCCGCCGCUGGCAACGUCUCCCUCGCCAGCCUGAGCGACAUGGAUCCCGACGAAAUCCCCAAAGAUCUUAAAAAAGAAGGUCCGGACUGGCUAGCCAUCUUCAACCCCAAAGUGAAACGCACACUCGACGUCAACCUGGUCCACACCUUCCUGCACGAGUCAGUCGUCUGCUGCGUCCGGUUCUCCGCAGACGGAAAGUACCUCGCUACCGGAUGCAACAAGUCGGCGCAGAUCUUCGACACCAAGACCGGAGCCAAGACGUGCGUGCUGACGGAUCAGUCUGCCAAUUCCAAGGGCGAUCUGUACAUCCGCUCAGUGUGUUUCAGUCCCGAUGGCAAGUGUCUUGCGACGGGAGCUGAGGAUCGACAGAUCCGCAUUUGGGAUAUUGGUAAGAAGAAGGUGAAGCAUCUGUUUUCGGGUCACAAGCAAGAGAUCUACUCGUUGGAUUACAGCAAGGAUGGGAGGAUCAUUGCGAGUGGAUCGGGGGAUAAGACGGUGAGGAUCUGGGAUGUGGAGAACGGGCAGCUGUUGCAUACGCUGUACACGUCGCCUGGGUUGGAGCAUGGACCGAGCGAGGCCGGUGUGACGAGUGUCAGUAUCUCGAGCGACAACAGAUUGGUCGCCGCAGGAGCGCUCGACACCCUGGUGCGCGUGUGGGACGCUCAGACGGGCAAACAAUUGGAGAGGUUGAAGAGUCACAAAGACUCGAUCUACAGCGUCAGCUUCGCUCCCGACGGAAAGAGCCUCGUCUCGGGUAGUUUGGAUAAGACGUUGAAGCUGUGGGAUCUCACGGGCACCGCAAAGGCGGUGAUGGAGAACAGGGCCGAGGAGAAGGGUGGACACGCGAAUUGCGCGACCACCUUCGUGGGCCACAAGGACUACGUGUUGAGCGUCAGCUGCAGUCCGGACGGUCAGUGGGUGGCGAGUGGUAGCAAGGAUAGGGGGGUGCAGUUCUGGGAUCCCAAGACGGCCCAGGCGCAGUUCGUCUUGCAGGGUCAUAAGAACUCGGUCAUUGCGAUCAACUUGAGUCCCGCGGGUGGACUGUUGGCAACGGGAAGCGGAGACUUCAACGCCAGGAUCUGGAGCUACGAUCGAAUCCCGAAUUGA